AUGAUUCGUUCGGAGCAUACGCAACUCAACGGUGUGCCGGUGCCGAAGAGUGUCCUGGUGACCGGGGGUGCCGGCUUCAUCGGCGGCUGGUUCGUCCGGCAUCUGUUGCAGACCUACGGCGACCGUUACGCCGUGACCUGCUUCGAUAAUCUCGACUACUGCGCCUCAGUAAACAAGUUCAAGGCUGUUUCCCAACUCUCGAACUUUCAUUUCGUCAGAGGGAACGUUUGCACUCCAAAAGAUGUAGAAAAUGCGCUCCGCAACUAUCACAUUGACUCUAUUGUCCAUUUCGCUGCUAGGUCGCAUGUUGAUACAUCACUCAACGAUUCUCUAUCGUUUACACAAACCAAUGUCAUAGGCACUCAGGUGCUGCUAGAAGUUGCUCGGGAGCAAGGCUCGAUCAGACGAUUUAUCCACGUAUCCACUGAUGAGGUAUACGGUGAGAACGAUGCUCAAAACCCUACUGCCUUCACCGAGGAGCAAAGCCUGCAUCCCACAAAUCCAUACUCAGCGAGCAAAGCCGCGACUGAGAUGAUCAUCCAAGCAUACCGAAAGUCGUUUCACAUACCACUCAUUAUUGUGCGAUGUAAUAAUGUGUUCGGGCCACGUCAAUAUCCUGAGAGUACGUAUUCUUAG